AUGGUACUUUUAAAAGAAAUUUCUUUCGAUCCAACUCCAAAAUUGAAAUCUAGUCCUAUACCAAUUACAUUUAUUUCUUUUGAUAGACGUAAAAAUGAAUGUAUCUAUUGUGGAGAAAAAUAUGUUCAUACGCUUUUUACUUAUCAAAAAUAUUGCAGAAAAUGUUUAUCACGUUAUCUUACUGGUAUAAAAGACAAUAAUUUAUAUUUGGAUGCACAUUAUUCAAUGAACUUAAAAUGUAUUGAUCAUGAAAUUAGGACAUUUAAACCACAAGUUAUUCAACAUUGUUGCGGAAAUUGCUUGGUAGUAUUACUUUUUAAACAAACAUUUGAAUAUAUUUUCCGUUAUACCGAUUUAUACGUAAAUUGUUAUAAUAAUGUGAUCGAAAGUGAAAAGGAUUGUAAACUAUGUGGAAAAUCACUAUAUCAAGGAAACGAUGACUAUAUUAUGAAGAAAAUCAAAUUGUGUACAGAUUGCUAUCUAAUUUCUUCUGAAUAUAUAGAAUCCCCCUUAAUUAAAAAGCCUAUUCCAAUUAUUUAUUUACCAUGGUGGCAUAAUAUAUCUUCUUGUAAUGCUUGUGAUUUAGAUUUAACAUUUACAACAGAUUGCCAGAAAUAUUGUAGAAAUUGUCUUAUAUUUUAUACCGGAUGUAGAUAUUGCUUAACAACAAAUAUUAUUUUUGGAUUAACAACUCAAUCUCGAUGUAAAAAAUGCAAAAGAGUAAAAGGAUUAUUACCAUCUAUCAUUCCUGAUUUCACAAAUAUUUUGAGUGGAAAUCAUGAAUUAGAUAAUUUUCUCCUUGAUUUAAGAAUUCAAGUACGUUAUGAUAAUUUAAAAAUAGACAAGUUUUUAGACGAAAUAAAAAAUAUUAACAAAUAUUUUAUUUUAUCGGAAAUAAAUUUAACCAUUUAUUCUAUGUGUAAAUACUACAAAAAUUCUCAAUCAGAAAAAAUUAUGGAAUGGAUACCAUAUUCUCAGUUUACAAAUAUAAGAGAAAUUGCAAGAGGAGGAUAUGGCAUAAUAUAUCAUGCAACUCGGACUGCACAUUUUCAGAAUAGUGAAAGUGUUAUCUUAAAAAAAUUUAAAAAUUCUAAAGAUACUAGCAGAUACUUUUUAAAUGAGUUAAAGUCAUAUCAAUAUUGUUAUGAAAUUAAACAUCAUAUUAUCAGGGUGCAUGGCGUUACAAAGGACUUUAAGUUAGGUGAAUAUAUGUUAGUUAUGCAAUAUGCAUCAGGAGGAGAUUUACAUAACUGGUUACAAAAAAAUUUUGCAAAUAUUACAUGGAAUAAAGAAAAAUUGAUGAUUUUAUGGCAAAUUUCAGAAGGACUUGAAACUAUUCAUAAAGCUGAUUACAUACAUCGAGAUUUUCAUAGUGGAAACAUAUUAUAUCACAAUAAUUCAUUGCAAGAAAGGUAUAAAGAAAGACACCAAUGGCUAAUUGGAGACCUAGGAUUAUCACAACCUGUAAAUAUUACAUCAUCAAAUAAUGAAAUAUAUGGAGUAAUACCUUACAUCGCACCAGAAAUAUUUAAAGGGUUGCAAACCUUUUGCUAA